CUUUUUCCUGUUGCCAGUAACUGCUCUGCUUGAUUAUAUGCAACUCCGAUCCACUCUCCAGUUGCUUUAAUCAAAUACCAAGCCUGACAGCCCACAGGUUAUAUAUAUGACGAUUGAAUCGCAAUCAGACGGUGCAUAUGAUUGAAUAACCACCACCAUAGGUUAUAUGAUUGAUUGAAUGACGACCAGAUCGACAAGGACAAGGCAGGAAACUUUAGGAGCAUGCAUGAGAUUGAGUAACCACCAUACAUAGGUCCAUGCAUGAGAUAUUUCACUACAGACAGUUGCUUUAAUUAAACAUAAUAUGCAACUACACUCUCCAGUUGCUUGUAUUCAACUCCAAGCCCGAGAGUCCUCCUUGGUGUGCUACCUAAGAUGCCAAAAUGAACACGGCAGGAAACUUCAUGAGCUUGCAUAUAUACCAUUGAAUAACCACCGUAGGUGACACCAAGAGGCGGAUUACAUAUAUAUCAUGCAUACCAUGGGGCAUCCUACACCAACAAGAGCACAUACAUACUCAUGGCAAAAUCACCCAUGGACACGCUUCAACUCUCCUGCAUCCAAGUAGCCAUAGCUUUGCUCUUGUUCACUCAAGCCAAGAGCACCACAGAGGGCACAUCUGCCCUGCUUCCAAACGAAGCGAUCCCCAGCUGUGUUGCCGGUGAGAGGUCUGCCCUUCUCGCCUUCAGGGCAGGUCUCUCGGACCCGGCCAACCUCCUUUCGUCAUGGAAGGGCGACGACUGCUGCCGGUGGAAGGGCGUCUAUUGCAGCAACAGAACCAGCCAUGUUGUCAAGCUCGAUCUCCAAGGCAGCGGUUACAUAAUCGACGCUGACAGUAGGAGGGUGCUAGCAGGCAACAUAAGCUCCUCGUUGCUUGGUUUACGACAUCUGCGGCAUCUCGACCUCAGCUCCAAUGAAUUCGACAAGAUGCAAAUACCGGAGUUCAUUGGUUCUCUCCAUAAGUUGAGAUAUCUUGACCUAUCAAUGUCAAUGUUCAUCGGAAGGGUACCACCGCAGCUCGGUAAUCUCUCCAACUUACAGUACUUAAAUCUCGCGUACAACUCGGAUGGCAUAUACUCCACUGAUAUCACCUGGUUGUCACGGUUAACAUCCAUUGAGCACCUGGACAUGACCUGGGUGAACCUCAGCACAAUUGUCCACUGGCUUCCGGUGGUGAACAUGCUUCCAACUCUGAAAUUUCUUCGUCUUAACUCUUGCCAGCUUACAACUAGCCCUGAUUCUCUUCAGCUCUCAAAUCUGACAUCUCUUGAAACACUCUUGCUUGCGGGCAACCAGUUCAAUAAGCGUAGCACACCCAACUGGUUUUGGGAUUUAACUAGCCUCAAGCAUCUAUAUAUCACGGGUUGUGGUUUCUAUGGCCCGUUUCCAGACGAGAUAGGUAAUAUGACCUCCAUGGUGGGACUUCAUUUAUCAGAAAACAGCCUUGUGGGCAUGAUACCAUCCACUAUGAAGAAUCUAUGUAAUCUGGAGGAAUUAUAUUCUUAUAAGAGCAAUAUCAGUGGGAGUAUAACAGAAUUACUCCAUCGAUUACCCAAUUGUUCAAGGAAUAAACUACAGCAGUUAUAUCUAUCGGGCAACAAUCUGACUGGAAGCCUGCCAACUGCACCAGUACAAGCAUUAAGCAACCUGAGCUGGCUGGCUCUCGAUGAUAACAAACUCACUGGUCAUCUGCCACUGUGGAUAGGAGAGCUCACGACGCUGACAAUAUUGGACCUUAACUCCAAUAACCUAGAUGGGGUCAUACAUGAAGGCCAUUUAUCGCGUCUAGAUAUGUUAGACAGUUUGAUCUUGUCACACAACUCCAUAACCAUCAAAGUGAGUCCAACAUGGGUUCCUCCUUUCAGUCUAAGAAUGCUUCACCUUCGGUCCUGCCAGCUAGGGCCUACAUUUCCAAUGUGGCUUAGAUGGCAAACACACUUAUCGAAUCUUGAUAUAUCAAACACAAGCAUAAAUGACAUGGUACCAAGUUGGUUUUGGAUGGCAGCUUCCUCAGCAGAGUUUCUCAAUAUCCGAAAUAAUCGGAUUUCAGGGGUCCUCCCAUCAACAAUGGAAUUUAUGAGAGGAGUCAAAAUGGACUUCAGUUCUAACCAGCUUGAUGGUCCAAUACCGAAGCUUCCCAUCAAUCUAACUAGCUUUGAUCUCAGUGGGAACAGAGUAAUUGGACCACUGCCAUCAGACUUUGGAGCGCCACUGCUUGAAAAACUUGUUCUAUACGACAACAUGAUCUCUGGCGCCAUUCCAUCUUCUUUGUGCAAGUUGCAAUCACUGCAGCUGCUAGAUCUGUCAAGAAAUAAUCUCAAUGGGUCAAUAACCGAUUGCCUAGUCAACGAAUCCAGCACAAACAUGACAGGCCUGAGUAUUGCCAAUCUAAGCUUAAGAAACAACAACCUCUCGGGUGAAUUUCCUUCACUACUCCAGAAAUGCCCAAGACUCAUCUUUCUUGAUCUCGGACAUAAUCAGUUCUCUGGGACUUUACCAGCAUGGAUUGGGGAGAAGCUAUUGUCUCUAUCAUUCUUACGACUGAGAUCCAAUAUGUUUUAUGGUCCCAUUCCAGUCGAGCUUUCAAAACUUGUCAAUCUUCAAUAUUUGGACCUUGCCUACAACAAUAUAUCGGGGAGCAUACCGAGAUCCAUUUUCAGUCCCACAGGCAUGGCACAAACAAGAGACAAAACUGAUUAUCUUCAGUAUGCCUCUAGUUCUGAAUUUGGUGUUGGUCAAAAUCAGCUAGUUGACUACACUGUGAAUUUCACGGUACUCACAAAAGGUCAAGAGAGAUUAUAUACAGGAGAAAUCAUAUAUAUGGUGAAUCUUGAUUUAUCCUUUAAUAGUCUUAUGGGAGAGAUCCCUGAAGAAAUCAGCGCUCUUGUACAACUGAAGAACCUGAACCUAUCAUCGAACAACUUCAACGGCAAAAUUCCUGAGAAUAUUGGCGCUUUAAUGCAAGUGGAGUCACUUGACCUAUCACAAAAUGAGUUGUCUGGUGAGAUCCCUUCAAGCUUGUCGGCUCUCACAUCAUUGAGUCGCCUGAACCUGUCCUUCAACAAUCUGGGAGGAAAGAUACCGGCUGGAAAUCAACUGCAAACACUUGAAGACCAGGCAUCUAUUUAUAUUGGCAACGCGGGCCUCUGCGGCCCCCCUCUCUCGCGGAAAUGUUCACAGCCGGAGCCAAUUCCAGGAGAAAGCUAUCGAGAUGCAAGUGAUGGUGACGUGGUUUCAUUUUUCGUCGCCACUGGUUCCGGAUAUGUGAUGGGUCUGUGGGUGGUCUUCUGCACCUUCUUGUUCAAGAGAAGAUGGAGAGUCUCAUGGUACUCGCUCUGCGACAACCUGUACAAUCGGGUCUAUGUGCAAGUGGCUGUUACCUGGGCUUCCUUGCGAGGUAAACUUAAUGGGUAGAAGCUGAGAAUAGAUCAACAGCACUGGUUCUUUCUUUGCUCUCAUGUAAUUUGACAAAUACUCUGGAGAUUUAUCAUGUAUCAAUCGAUGUUCAAGCGUAUUGUGCUAGAACUAGUCAGGAUAUGUAUGCAUUCAAGGUGCAUGCCAUCAUCCGGGAUUGGAAUGCUGUUUUUUGUACUGCAUUAUAACCAGCAUAUGUUGGUUCUUGGUUUGCUGUGGACAUGUAAUUUAAUACCCUGGAGAUUUAUCAUGAAUGUUCAAUUGUGUUGUGCCGGAACUAGUGACA